GAGGGAACGGCUCCAUCAGUCUUCAGUUCAGUUCGAGGAUCAUGAAAUUCCUGACCGUAUUUGCAUUCGCCUGUGUGGCAACAUUUGUGGUGCUCCACGGCGCCUACGGCUCCCCACUGCCGGAGCCCGUUCCCGAUCCGAGUCCGGUGGCCGAUCCCAGUCCGGCUGCCGAUCCGAGUCCAGUGGCCGAUCCGAAGCCCGUUGCCGAGCCAUCUGCCAAUCCAGAGCCCGUAACCAACGCAAGGGCAGAACCAGGUCUGAGGAGCAAGCCGAAUCCCAGUCCCUUGGCAGCAGCAACUCUUUUGGAGGCCAAUAAGCAAGACAACUUGGCGAUUCCGCUCCUAGAAGCUGCUCCCCCAAAGCUGGACGAUGUUCAGGCCGAUGCCCAGCCGGCUUAGUGGGUUCAUGACCCCACAUCAAGGAGCAGCAGCAGCAGCAGCUUAAUCCAAUUGGAGCCUGCACACCCACACACAAGGGAGACACGCACACACAUAUAUAUAUAUAUUAAUCUCCUGUAUUCAAUGUAUGCAUUUAUGUAUUCCAACUUCUAGCAUGGGCAUUAAUAAAAUUGCAAAAAAAAUAUUUAA